UUUGGCUGCGAGUCAGCCUCGGUGCAGGAUCUGAUCCGGACUGUGCGAGGUUUUUUAUGAGAGGGUGAAUGAAUAUCUGUCCGUAGUAAGCGUGGACACUUGUCUCGGGCUUUGCUGCGUUUCCAGGCUACAACCAAACCUCUAACCAAACCUCUAAUAGCGUCUCGUGGCCCAUGUUAAAUAAUGAUUGUGUCGAUGAUGGACGCAGGAGGACAAGCCUUUUGUUUUUCGUUUUAAAUUUCAAGCAGCUGACAUGUAAAACCUCCCGAGCAGCUGGCACGGAGCGCAGAUAAUGAUGAUGCUGAGGCUGUGAAGAUGAGUGGUAUUAAUAGGAGGGCUUGAGUGUCACAGGCUUUCACUGUCGAGACCGGGGGCCUUGGUGGAGAGUCGGUGGACCGGGUUGGGGGGGCUUUCUGAUCCAGACUGCGCAGCUGGAAUAAAAAACACAGGGUUUCACUCUUUAUCAGACAGGCAACAUGGAAGUCCUGGCUGCUCUUAAUUUGGGCGAUUUUGCCCAAGUUUUCUCCAAACUGGGAAUGUUUCCUGUGUUUGAUCUCGCUUAUUACAUCGUGUCCAUCCUCUACCUCAAGUAUGAGCCAGGCUCGGUGGAGGUUUCUCGCAGGAGUCCCGUGGCCUCCUGGCUCUGUGCCAUGCUCUACUGCUUUGGUAGUUACAUCCUGGCAGACAUCAUGCUUGGAAGCAGCCCAGUCGACUAUUUCCAACACAACAGCCACAUCCUGCUGGCCUCAUCUGUCUGGUACCUCAUCUUUUACUGCCCACUGAACCUCUUCUAUAAAUGUGUGGCUUUCCUGCCGGUCAAGCUGGUGUUGGUCGCCCUGAAAGAAGUCGUCCGCACUCGUAAGAUCGCCGCUGGUGUUCACCACGCCCACCACGCCUACCACCAUGGCUACUUCAUCAUGGUCAUCGUUGGAUACGUCAAAGGGUCUGGAGUGGCUCUCAUUUCCAAUUUUGAGCAGCUGCUCCGCGGCGUGUGGAGGCCCGACACCAACGAGAUCCUCAACAUGUCAUUCCCGACCAAAGCCAGUCUAUACGGCGCCAUCCUCUUCACCCUGCAGGAGGCUCACUGGCUGCCAGUAGCCAAGAGCACCCUCAUCCUCGUCUUCACCCUCUUCAUGGCCACAAGCAAGGUGGUGAUGACCGCCCGACACUCUCACGGCUCCCCCUUCACCCUCAUUGAGUCCUGGGUUUGCCACCUGCUGUUCGGCUCCCCUUUGGGUGGAUCUGAGGAAGACCACCAUCAUCCUCCCGCCGCUGCUGUCCCAUCUUCACCUCUCAAAACCAAGGAGGAGCUGAGCGAAGGUGCUCGCAAGAGGAAGGUUAAGAAAGCCGAGUAGGACGCUGCGCUGCACCAGUGAAACUGCAUCUGACUCCUCCUCCAUCAUGGCCUCCACAUGAUGGGGCUUCCCAUUCCUUUCUAGGGAAAGGGGCAGUUUGAUGUUUUACCAAAUGAGACCCUUUCUAUUAGAGCAAAAUGGUGCUUUCUGCAUUUUACAUAGCACAAGAACUCUGUAAAUACCACGGCAAAUGUUUCACACUUCAACCCAACCUGGACAUUUUAAACCUAUUUAUUUUGGUUUGUGAACAUCUGCAUCUGUGUUCAACACUGUGUGGUGAUCCACGUUUAGGAGCUGCAUGGGCAUUUUAGGAUGGCCUCUGUUCCACAUCAGUAGCUGUGUUACCGGGUGUCAGUGAUUUAUUUCAAGUCCAUCAAACCUUAUUUUAGUUUGGAAAGAAAUAGAAAAUACAAAUCUGACUCUCAAUCAGAAAUUUAAAUGUGAAUAAAGCAUUAUGCGAAGGAACAUUGCUGCUUUUUGCAUUGCGAUGAAGACAACAUCAUGUCUAAAUAAAAUUAAGGGAAACAUA